AUGGAUCAUUCCUCCUUCAGCGGCGCGCCCCGAUUCCUGACCCGGCCCAAGGCCUUCGUGGUGUCGGUGGGUAAGGACGCCACACUGAGCUGCCAGAUCGUGGGCAACCCCACGCCGCAGGUGAGCUGGGAGAAGGACCGGCAGCCGGUGGAGGCGGGCGCUCGCUUCCGCCUGGCCCAGGACGACGACCAGUACCGCCUCACCAUCCUGGACCUGGCGCUGGGCGACAGCGGGCAGUACGUGUGCCGCGCGCGGAACGCCAUCGGCGAGGCCUUCGCCGCCGUGGGCCUGCAGGUGAACGCCGAGGCGGCGUGCGCGGAGCAGGCGCCCCACUUCCUGCUGCGGCCCACGUCCAUCCGCGUGCGCGAGGGCGCCGAGGCCACCUUCCGCUGCCGCGUGCGCGGCUCGCCGCCCAUGGCCGUGAGCUGGAACAAGGACGGCAGGCGCCUGGGCUCGCCGGACGCCCCUCGGGUGAGCGUGGAGGCCAGCGGCGAGGCGAGCGCGCUGCGCAUCCAGGCCGCGCGGCCGCGCGACGGCGGCACCUACACGGUGCGCGCCGAGAACCCGCUGGGCACGGCCAGCGCCGCCGCCGCGCUCACGGUGGACGCGGACGUGGAAGCGGCAGGCCCGCCCGGCGCCUCCACCGCCGCCCUCCUGGCGCACCUGCAGCGGCGGCGCGAGGCCAUGCGGGCCGAGGGGGCCCCCGCCUCGCCGCCCGGCGCGGGCACUCGCACCUGCACCGUGACCGAGGGCAAGCACGCGCGCCUCAGCUGCUACGUGACGGGCGAGCCCAAGCCCGAGACGGUGUGGAAGAAGGACGGGCAGCUGGUGGCCGAGGGCCGGCGACACCUGGUGUACGAGGACGCGCAGGAGAACUUUGUGCUCAAGAUCCUCUUCUGCAAGCAGUCGGACCGUGGCCUCUACACGUGCACAGCGUCCAACCUCGUGGGCCAGACCUACAGCUCCGUGCUGGUCGUGGUGCGAGAGCCCACAGUGCCCUUCAAGACGAGGCUGCAGGACCUGGAGGUGCAGGAGAAGGGGUCGGCCACGUUCCAGUGUGAGGUGCCGCUGCCGACCACGGAGGCCGUGUGGUACAAGGAAGAGACACGGCUGUGGGCCAGCGCCAAGUACGCCAUCGAGGAGGCGGGCACAGAGCGCCGGCUCACCGUCCACAACGCUUCCACUGACGAUGACGCGGUGUACAUCUGCGAGAUGGCCGAGGGCAGCCGCACGGUGGCCGAGCUUGCAGUACAAGGCAACCUCAUCCGAAAGCUCCCGAGAAAGACAGUGGUGCGAGUGGGGGACACUGCCCUGUUCUGCGUAGAGCUGGCCAGGCCAGAGGGCCCGAUCCACUGGCUUCGGAACCAUGAGGAGGUGGUGGCUGGGGGCCGAGUAGCCAUCACCACCGAAGGCACAUGCCACACGCUGACCAUCUCCCAGUGCAGCCUGGAGGAUGUGGGUGAGGUGGCCUUUGUGGCUGGGGACUGCCGGACGUCCACCCAGUUCUUGGUGUCAGCCCCCAGGAAGCCACCACCACACCCCCCCGAGGCCCCUGUGGUGAAGGCCAAGACAGAGAGUUCCGUGACUCUCAGCUGGUCCCCACCACCCCAUGGGGACCGCCCCGUCACCAUCGAUGGCUACGUGGUGGAGAAGAAGCGAUUGGGCACCUACACCUGGAGCCGGUGCCAUGCGGCCGAGUGGGUGGCCACACCUGAGCUGACUGUGGACGGUGUGGCUGAGGAGGGGGACUUCCAGUUCCGGGUGUCAGCUGUAAACGGCUUUGGCCAGAGCUCCUACCUUGAGUUCCCGGGGACUGUCCACCUGGCACCCCAGCUGGCUGUGAAGACGCCUCUGAAGGCAGUGGAGGCGGUGGAGGGCAGUGAGGUGACCUUCUCCGUGGACCUCACUUUGGUCUCUGCGGGCGAAUGGUUCCUGGAUGGGCAGGCCCUGAAGGCCAGCAACACGUAUGUGAUCCGCUGCGAGGGCACGCGGCACGUCCUCACCAUCCGCUCAGUACCCGCCAGCCUGCAUGGUGCUGAGCUCAAGUUCGUGGCCAAUGGCAUCGAGAGCAGCAUCCGCAUGGAGGUCCGAGGUAGCCCAGGGCUGACCACCAAGCGUCCAACGGAAGUUCGGGAGGUGCUGGCCCGGCUACACGAGGAGGCACAGCUCCUGGCGGAGCUGUCAGACCAGGCCACAGCUGUAACGUGGCUCAAGGACGGCCGAGCACUGCCCCCAGGCCCCAAGUACAAGGUGCAGGCUUCAGCAGGACAGCGGGCGCUGCUGGUGCGGGAUGUGGCGCGGGACGACGCUGGCCUGUACGAGUGUGUCAGCCGUGGGGGCCGUAUCGCCUACCACCUGUCAGUUCAAGGACUGACACCUUUUCUGCACAAGGACUCGGCGGGUGGCUGCGUGGACACGGUGGCCGGGGGUCCGGCCCACUUUGAGUGCGAGACUGCGGAGGCCCAUGUGCCCGUGCGCUGGUUCAAGGAUGGCUUGGAGCUCGGCCACUCCUGCUCCCACUUCUCGCAGGAGGAUGUGGGCACACGGCAUCGACUGGUGGCCAACUCAGUCACCAGGCAAGACGAGGGCACCUAUUCAUGCCGCGUGGGCGAGCACUCGGUGGAUUUCCAGCUGCGUGUCUGUGAGCCCAAGGUGGUGUUUGCCAAGGAGCAGUCGGCACACAGCGAGGUGAAGGCCAUGGCCGGGGCCAGUGCCACGCUGAGCUGCGAGGUGGCCCAGGCCCAGACGCAGGUGACAUGGUACAAGGAUGGCAAGAAGCUGAGUGGGAGCUCGAAAGUGCGCGUGGAGGCCACGGGCUGCACCCGGCGGCUGGUGCUGCAGCAGGCGGCGAAGGGGGACAGCGGGGAGUACAUCUGCGAGGCCGGGGGCCAGAGGGUCACCUUCCAUCUGGAUGUCCCAGAGCCCACGGUGGUGUUUGCCAAGGAGCAGUCGGCACACAGCGAGGUGAAGGCCACGGCCGGGGCCAGUGCCACCCUGAGCUGCGAGGUGGCCCAGGCCCAGACGCAGGUGACAUGGUACAAGGAUGGCAAGAAGCUGAGUGGGAGCUCAAAAGUGCGCGUGGAGGCCACGGGCUGCACCCGGCGGCUGGUGCUGCAGCAGGCGGCGAAGGGGGACAGCGGGGAGUACAGCUGCGAGGCCGGGGGCCAGAGGGUCACCUUCCAUGUGGAUGUCACAGAGCCCACGGUGGUGUUUGCCAAGGAGCAGUCGGCACACAGCGAGGUGAAGGCCACGGCCGGGGCCAGUGCCACGCUGAGCUGCGAGGUGGCCCAGGCCCAGACGCAGGUGACAUGGUACAAGGAUGGCAAGAAGCUGAGUGGGAGCUCAAAAGUGCGCGUGGAGGCCACGGGCUGUACCCGGCGGCUGGUGCUGCAGCAGGCGGCGAAGGGGGACAGCGGGGAGUACAUCUGCGAGGCCGGGGGCCAGAGGGUCACCUUCCAUCUGGAUGUCCCAGAACCCACGGUGGUGUUUGCCAAGGAGCAGUCAGCACACAGCGAGGUGAAGGCCAUGGCCGGGGCCAGUGCCACGCUGAGUUGCGAGGUGGCCCAGGCCCAGACGGAGGUGACGUGGUACAAGGAUGGCAAGAAGCUGAGUGGGAGCUCGAAAGUGCGUGUAGAGGCCACAGGCUGCACCCGGCGGCUGGUGCUGCAGCAGGCGGCGAAGGGGGACAGCGGGGAGUACAUCUGCGAGGCCGGGGGCCAGAGGGUCGCCUUCCAUCUGGAUGUCCCAGAGCCCACGGUGGUGUUUGCCAAGGAGCAGUCAGCACACAGCGAGGUGAAGGCCACGGCCGGGGCCAGUGCCACGCUGAGUUGCGAGGUGGCCCAGGCCCAGACGCAGGUGACGUGGUACAAGGAUGGCAAGAAGCUGAGUGGGAGCUCGAAAGUGCGCGUGGAGGCCACGGGCUGCACCCGGCGGCUGGUGCUGCAGCAGGCGGCGAAGGGGGACAGCGGGGAGUACAUCUGCGAGGCCGGGGGCCAGAGGGUCGCCUUCCAUCUGGAUGUCCCAGAGCCCACGGUGGUGUUUGCCAAGGAGCAGUCGGCACACAGCGAGGUGAAGGCCAUGGCCGGGGCCAGUGCCACGCUGAGCUGCGAGGUGGCCCAGGCCCAGACGCAGGUGACAUGGUACAAGGAUGGCAAGAAGCUGAGUGGGAGCUCGAAAGUGCGUGUGGAGGCCACGGGCUGCACCCGGCGGCUGGUGCUGCAGCAGGCGGCAAAGGGGGACAGCGGGGAGUACAUCUGCGAGGCCGGGGGCCAGAGGGUCACCUUCCAUCUGGAUGUCCCAGAGCCCACGGUGGUGUUUGCCAAGGAGCAGUCGGCACACAGCGAGGUGAAGGCCACGGCCGGGGCCAGUGCCACGCUGAGCUGCGAGGUGGCCCAGGCCCAGACGGAGGUGACGUGGUACAAGGAUGGCAAGAAGCUGAGUGGGAGCUCAAAAGUGCGCGUGGAGGCCACGGGCUGCACCCGGCGGCUGGUGCUGCAGCAGGCCACGAAGGGGGACAGCGGGGAGUACAUCUGCGAGGCCGGGGGCCAGAGGAUCACCUUCCAUCUGGAUGUCCCAGAGCCCACGGUGGUGUUUGCCAAGGAGCAGUCAGCACACAGCGAGGUGAAGGCCACGGCCGGGGCCAGUGCCACGCUGAGUUGCGAGGUGGCCCAGGCCCAGACGCAGGUGACAUGGUACAAGGAUGGCAAGAAGCUGAGUGGGAGCUCGAAAGUGCGCGUGGAGGCCACGGGCUGUACCCGGCGGCUGGUGCUGCAACAAGCCGCGAAGGGGGACAGCGGGGAGUACAUCUGCGAGGCCGGGGGCCAGAGGGUCGCCUUCCAUCUGGAUGUCCCAGAGCCCACAGUGGUGUUUGCCAAGGAGCAGUCAGCACACAGCGAGGUGAAGGCCACGGCCGGGGCCAGUGCCACGCUGAGCUGCGAGGUGGCCCAGGCCCAGACGGAGGUGACAUGGUACAAGGAUGGCAAGAAGCUGAGUGGGAGCUCGAAAGUGCGUGUGGAGGCCACGGGCUGCACCCGGCGGCUGGUGCUGCAGCAGGCGGCGAAGGGGGACAGCGGGGAGUACAUCUGCGAGGCCGGGGGCCAGAGGGUCGCCUUCCAUCUGGAUGUCCCAGAGCCUGAGCCCCCAGCCCUGGAGAGACCCGACCGCAGGGGGCUUGUGGUGGUCAAAGAACACGAGGACAUCGUCCUGACGGCCACGAUGGCCGCGCCCUCCGUGGCUGCGGUGACGUGGCUCAAGGACGGCGUGGAGAUUCGCCGCAGCAAGCGGCACCAGACGGCCAGCCUGGGGGACACGCACACCCUGACGGUGCGCGGUGCGCAGACUCUGGACAGCGCGGUGUACAGCUGCCGCGUGGGCGCCGAGGCGCAGGACUUCCCGGUGCAGGUGGAAGAGGUGGCCGCCAGGUUCUGCCAGCCCCUGGAGCCGGUGAGCGGGGAGCUGGGCGGCACGGUGACGCUGGCCUGCGAGCUGAGCCCGGCGCAGGCCGAGGUGGUGUGGCGCUGCGGGAGCACGCAGCUGCGGGCGGGCAAGCGCUUCCAGAUGGCGGCCGAGGGGCUCCGGCGCUCCCUCACCGUGUCGGGCCUGCGGGCGGAGGAUGCGGGCGAGUACGUGUGCGAGAGCCGCGACGACCGCACCAGCGCCAGGCUCUCAGUCCUCGUCCCCCGCGAGGUCAAGUUCACGUCUGGGCUGAGCGCCAUGGUCGCGGAGGAGGGCCAAGAGGCCACCUUCCAGUGCGUGGUGACCCCCAGCGACGCGGCGGUCCUGUGGUUCCGGGACGGCGCCCAGCUGCAGCCCAGCGAGAAGUUCCGCAUGUCGCAGAGCGGCGCCAGCCACAGCCUGACCAUCUCGGGUCUGGUCCUGGAGGACGCCGGCCAGAUCACCGCGGAGGCUGAGGGGGUCACAUCCUCGGCUGCCCUCCGCGUCCGAGAGGCUCCCGUGCUGUUCAAGAAGAAGCUGGAGCCACAGACAGUGGAGGAGUGGGGCUCAGUGACCCUGGCGGUAGAGCUGACCAGGCCUUGGCCGGAUGUCAAGUGGACGCGCAAUGCCAUGGCCCUAUCCCCAAGCGAGAACGUGGCAAUCUACACGGAGGGCGCGAGUCACCGCUUGGUCCUCCGCAGUGUGGGCUUUGCUGACCGCGGCUUCUAUGGCUGUGAGACGCCAGAUGACAAGACACAGGCCAAGCUCACAGUACAAAUGCGCCAGGUCCAGCUCCUGCGGGGCCUGCACGCGGUGGAGGUGCAAGAGCAGGGCUCCACCACCAUGGAGGUGGAGCUGUCCCAUGCCGGCGUAGAGGGCAGCUGGACACGUGACGGCCUUCGGCUACAGCCAGGGCCCACGUGCCAACUGGCAGUGCAAGGCCCCGUUCACACCCUCACGCUGUCUGAGCUGCGGCCACAGGACGGUGGUCUCAUUGCCUUCAAGGCUGAGGGCGUGCACACAUCCGCGCGGCUGGUGGUAACUGAGCUGCCUGUGAGGUUCAGCCGCCCACUGCAGGACGUGGUGGCCACAGAGAAAGAGAAAGUGACCCUGGAGUGUGAGCUGUCACGCCCCAAUGUGGACGUGCGCUGGCUGAAGGAUGGCGUGGAGCUGCAGGUUGGCAAGGCAGUGGGUAUGGCAGCCAAGGGCACCUGCCGGACUCUCAUCAUUUACCAGUGUGCCUUUGGGGACCAGGGCGUGUACGUGUGUGACGCCCAUGAGGCUCAGACCUCGGCAUCCCUGAAGGUGCAAGGAAGGACACACACGCUCAUCUACCGGAGGGUCCUGGUGGAAGAAGCAGGAGAAAUCCGAUUUGUAGCUGAAAAUGCAGAAUCUCGAGCCCAGCUCCGAGUGAGAGAGCUGCCAGUGUCCAUUCUGCGCCCCCUGCGGGACAAGAUCGCCAUGGAGAAGCACCGCGGUGUACUUGAGUGCCAGGUGUCUCGGGCCAGUGCCCAGGUGCGGUGGUUCAAGGGCGGCGUGGAACUGCGGGCCGGGCCCAAGUACGAGAUGGUCAGCGAUGGCCUCUACCGCAAGCUGGUCAUCAGUGACGUGCAGCCUGAGGAUGAGGACACCUAUACAUGCGAUGCUGGCGACGUGAAGACCUCUGCCCAGUUCUUUGUGGAAGAGCAAUCCAUCACCAUCGUGCGGGGCCUGCAGGACGUGACCGUGAUGGAGCCCGCCCCCGCCUGGUUCGAGUGUGAGACCUCCAUUCCCUCCGUUCGGCCGCCCAAGUGGCUGCUGGGGAAGACGCCGCUGCAGGCCGGGAAGGACGUGGGUAUAGAGCAGGAAGGCACAGUGCACCGGCUGGCGCUGCGGCGCACUUGCUCCACCAUGACGGGGCCCGUGCACUUCACCAUCGGCAAGUCGCGCACCACCGCCCAGCUGGUUGUCUCAGACAUCCCCGUGGUGCUGACGAGGCCGCUGGAGCCCAAGGCGGGCCGUGAACUGCAGUCAGUGGUCCUGUCCUGCGACUUCAAGCCGCCCCCGAAGGCUGUGCAGUGGUACAAGGAAGACACGCCCUUGGCGCCCUCGGACAAGUUCAGAAUGCGCCUGGAGGGCCACAUGGCGGAGCUGCGCGUGCUGCGGCUCACGCCCGCCGACGCCGGCGUCUACCGGUGCCAGGCCGGCAGUGCCCAGACCUGCGCCCAGGUCACCGUGGAAGCGCGGGAGGUGACGGUGACGAAGCCGCUGGAGGACGCGGAGGCCACGGAGGAGGGCCGCGCUUGCUUCUCGUGCGAGCUUUCCCACGAGGACGAAGAGGUGGAGUGGUCGCUCAACGGGACGCCCCUCUACAACGACAGCUUCCACGAAAUCACCCACGAGGGCCGCCGCCACACGCUGGUGCUGAAGCGGGUCAGGCGGGGGGACGCGGGCACCGUGCGCCUCUCUUCCCCCAAGGUGACGGCCUCUGCCCGCCUGGAGGUCAGAGCGAAGCCAGCGGUGUUCCUGAAGGCGCUGGACGACGUGUCCGCGGUGGAGCAGAGCACCCUGACCCUGCAGUGCGAGGUCUCCGACCCCCAGGCGGCUGUGGUGUGGCGCAAGGACGGAGUGGAGCUGGGCCCCAGCGACAAGUACGACUUUCUGCACACGGCGGGCACGCGCGGGCUGGUGGUCCACGACCUGAGCCUGGACGACGCGGGCCUGUACACCUGCCACCUGGGCGCUGAGGAGACCUGCGCGCACGUCAGUGUGCACGACCUGCACGUGGGCAUCACCAAGAGGCUGAAGAAUGUGGAGGUGCUCGAGGGUGAGAGCUGCAACUUCGAGUGCAUCCUGUCCCAUGAGGACACAGGUGACACUGCCACAUGGACAGUCGGCGGGAAGACAUUGGGCAGCUCAGGCCGCUUCCGGGCCACUCGCCAGGGCCGAAAGUACAUCCUGGCUGUGCGAGAGGCGCUGCUGAGCGACACCGGGGAGGUGGUCUUCUCUGUGCGCGGCCUCACCUCCAAGGCCUCGCUCCUCGUCAGAGAAAGGCCGGCGGACAUCACGAAACCACUGGAAGACCAGCGGGCCGUGGCGGGGGCGGAUGCGAUACUGAGCUGUGAGCUGUCACGGGUGGACUCCCCAGUGCGCUGGCUGAAGGACGGGAAAGUCAUUCGCAAGAGUCAGAAGUAUGACCUGCUCAGCGAGGGCACGCGGGCCGUGCUGGUUGUCCACGCGGCCUCGCUCAAAGAUUCCGGAGAAUACACGUGUGAGACAGAGGUUUCCAAGAGCACAGCCAGGCUCUGUGUGGAAGAAAAGCCAAACCGGUUCACAGAGGAGCUGGCUGACCUGCAGGUGGAGGAAAAAGGCGUGGCUGUGUUUGCCUGCAAGACAGAGCGCCCUGCAGCCACGGUGACCUGGAGAAAGGGCCUCUCUGAGCUGCAUGCCUCGGGGAAGCAUGCACCCAGCCAGGAGGGCGUGACCUUGAGGCUCACCAUCAGCGCCCUGGAAAAGGCAGACAGUGACACGUACUCCUGCGACAUUGGCCAGGCAAGGUCCCAGGCACGGCUCGUGGUGCAAGGUCAGAGAGUGCUCAUCACAGAGGACCUGAGGGACGCCGAGGUGCAGGAGGGCUCCUCAGUCACCUUCAGCUGCCGUGUCUCCCCUGGGGACUACGGGCCUGUCUACUGGUUCCUGGACAAAACACCUCUGCACCCCAAUGAGCUCAAUGAGAUUGAGACCCAACCGGGUGGUUACCAUGUGCUCACCCUGCGGGAGCUUGGGCUCAAGGACUCGGGCACCGUCUACUUCGAAGCGGGCGACCAGCGGUCCUCGGCCACCCUGCGGGUCACAGAGAAGCCAAGUGUCUUCUCCCAGGAGCUCACGGAUGCCAUAAUCAUGGAGGGGGAGGAUCUGACCCUGGUCUGUGAGACCACUGUCCCGGACAGCCCUGUGCAUUGGACCAAGGAUGGGAAAACCCUGCGGGAGUCGGCCCGGUGCCAGCUGAGCCGUGAGGGCCGCCGAGCCCAGCUGGUCAUCACUGGCACCACCCUGCAGGACGGCGGGCGCUACAAGUGUGAGGCUGCGGGCGCCUGGAGCAGCUCCAUCGUCAGGAUCCACGCGCGGCCGGUGCACUUCCGGGAGGGCCUGAAGGACACGGAGGUGCUUGAGGGCGGUGCUGCCACCCUGCGCUGCAAGCUGUCAUCGGUGGCUGCGCCCGUGGAGUGGCGCUGCGGAGAUGAGGUCCUGCGGCCAGGGGGCAAGUACAGGAUGCGGCAGGAGGGCACCAUGCUGGAGCUGGUGGUCCGGGACUUGCAGCCCGGCGACAGCGGGCAGUACGUCUGCUGCUUCGGGGACCAGACCACCUCAGCCACGCUCACCGUGAAGGCCCUGCCUGCCGAGUUCAUAGGAAAACUGAGAAGCAAGGAGGCCACGGAAGGGGCCGUGGUAACGCUGCGCUGCGAGCUGAGCAAGGAGGCCCCUGUGGAGUGGAGGAAGGGGCUCGAGACCCUCAGAGCUGGGGACAGAGUCAGCCUGAGGCAGGAUGGGGCCGUGUGUGAGCUGGAGAUCCGUGGCCUCGUGGUGGCAGAUGCCGGGGAGUACUCGUGCGUGUGCGGGCAGGAGAGGACGUCGGCCACGCUGACCGUCAGGGCCCUGCCUGCCGAGUUCAUAGGAAGACUGAGAAGCAAGGAGGCCACGGAAGGGGCCGUGGUAACGCUGCGCUGCGAGCUGAACAAGGAGGCCCCCGUGGAGUGGAGGAAGGGGCUGGAGACCCUCAGAGCGGGGGACAGAGUCAGCCUGAGGCAGGAUGGGGCCGUGUGUGAGCUGGAGAUCCGUGGCCUCGUGGUGGCAGAUGCCGGGGAGUACUCGUGCGUGUGUGGGCAGGAGAGGACGUCGGCCACGCUGACCGUCAAGGCAGUGCCUGCGAAGUUCACAAAGAGCCUGAGGAAUGAGGAGGCCACGGAAGGGGCCACAGCCAUGCUGCUGUGUGAGCUGAGCAAGGCGGCCCCCGUGGAGUGGAGGAAGGGGCUGGAGACCCUCAGAGCUGGGGACAGAGUCAGCCUGAGGCAGGACGGGGCCGUGUGUGAGCUGGAAAUUUGUGGCCUGAUGGUGGCGGAUGCCGGGGAGUACUCAUGCGUGUGCGGGCAGGAGAGCACGUCGGCCACACUGACCGUCAGGGCCCUGCCCGCCAAGUUCACAAAGUGUCUGAGGAAGGAAGAGGCCACGGAAGGGGCCGUGGUAACGCUGCGCUGUGAGCUGAGCAAGGCGGCCCCCGUGGAGUGGAGGAAGGGGCUUGAGACCCUCAGAGCUGGGGACAGAGUCAGCCUGAGGCAGGACGGGGCCGUGUGUGAGCUGGAGAUCCGUGGCCUCGUGGUGGCAGAUGCCGGGGAGUACUCGUGCGUGUGCGGGCAGGAGAGGACGUCGGCCACGCUGACUGUCAGGGCCCUGCCCGCGAAGUUCACAAAGAGCCUGAGGAAGGAAGAGGCCACGGAAGGGGCCUCAGCCACACUGCGCUGCGAGCUGAGCAAGGCGGCCCCCGUGGAGUGGAGGAAGGGGCUGGAGACCCUCAGAGCUGGGGACAGAGUCAGCCUGAGGCAGGACGGGGCCGUGUGUGAGCUGGAGAUCCGUGGCCUCGUGGUGGCAGAUGCCGGGGAGUACUCGUGCGUGUGCGGGCAGGAGAGCACGUCGGCCACGCUGACCGUCAAGGCCGUGCCUGCGAAGUUCACAAAGAGCCUGAGGAAUGAGGAGGCCACGGAAGGGGCCACAGCCAUGCUGCUGUGUGAGCUGAGCAAGGCGGCCCCCGUGGAGUGGAGGAAGGGGCUGGAGACCCUCAGAGCUGGGGACAGAGUCAGCCUGAGGCAGGACGGGGCCGUGUGUGAGCUGGAGAUCCGUGGCCUCGUGGUGGCAGAUGCCGGGGAGUACUCAUGCGUGUGCGGGCAGGAGAGCACGUCAGCCACGCUGACCGUCAGGGCCCUGCCUGCGAAGUUCACAACGAUCCUGAGGAAGGAAGAGGCCACGGAAGGGGCCACAGCCACACUGCGCUGCGAGCUGAGCAAGGCGGCCCCCGUGGAGUGGAGGAAGGGGCUCGAGACCCUCAGAGCGGGGGACAGAGUCAGCCUGAGGCAGGACGGGGCCAUGUGUGAGCUGGAGAUCCGGAAACUGGUUGUGGCAGAUGCCGGGGAGUACUCGUGCGUGUGCGGGCAGGAGAGCACAUCGGCCACACUGACUGUCAAGGCCCCGCCGUCGGUAUUCAGGAAGCCCUUGCAGAACCUGCAGGCUGAGGAAGGCACCGGGGCCAGUCUGCGAUGUGAGCUGUCCGAGCCCAGGGCUGUGGUCUGGAGCAAGGGUGGCCUGGAGGUGCAGGCCGAUGGGCGCCGGGAGCCGCGGCAGCAGGGCUGCGUGGUGGAGCUGGUGCUGCAGGACUUGCGCUGGGAAGAUGCGGGCGAGUACACCUGCACCUGUGGCUCCCAGGCCACCAGCGCCACCGUCACCGUCACAGCUGCACCCGUGCGGUUCCUCCGGGAACUGCAGGCCCAGGAGGUGGAUGAGGGUGGGACAGCACGACUGUGCUGUGAGCUGAGCCGGGCGGGCGCCAGUGUGGAGUGGCGCAAGGGCUUGCUGCAGCUCUUCCCCUGCGCCAAGUACCAGAUGGUUCAGGAAGGCGUGACUGUGGAGCUGCUGGUGCACGAUGCAGAGCAGGAGGACGCCGGACACUACACCUGUGACACAGGCCACGCACAGAGCACGGCCAGACUCUCAGUUCGCGCCCCCAGGCCCAUGUUCCAGACUGAGCUGCAGGACGCAGAGCAGGAGGUGGGCAGCCUGGCCCGGCUGUGCUGCCAGCUGAGUGAGGUGGAGCCUGGGGCCCCUGUGCAGUGGCUCAAGGAGGGUGUGGAGCUGCACACUGGCUCCAAGUACGAGAUCCGUCACCAGGGGGCCACGUGUGAACUGCUGAUCCACGGGCUCGAGGCCAAGGACUCGGGCCAGUAUGCCUGCGUGGUGGGUGGCCAGAAAACCACGGCCUCUGUCAAGGUCAGAGAGCCUGAGGUAACCAUUGUGUGAGGCCUGGUUGACAUGGAGGUGCAGGCUGACAGGGAGGUGGAGUUCAGCUGUGAGGUGUCAAGUGCAAGGGCCACAGCUGCCCAGGGGUGCCUCCAUGGCCUGCCACUGCAAAGCAGCAAGGUGGCAGAGGUGGCUGUGCAGGGCGACCUCACCCACAUGCUGCAGCUGAAGGGUGUGACUGAAGUUGCAAGCACAGUCUCCUUCCACGUGGGCCUCCACAAGUCCUCAGCCCAGCUCGCUGUCCGUGGGACCCCCCAGGUGACCAUUCUGGAGCCCCUGCAGGAUGUGCAGCUCAGUGAGGGCCAGGAUGCCCAUUUCCGAUGCCGGCUGUCCAGGGCCUCUGGCCAGGAGGCUCGCUGGGCCUUGGGAGGAGUGCCCCUGCAGGCCAACGAAAUGAAUGACAUCACAGUGGAGCAAGGCACACUCCACUCGCUCACUCUACACAAGGUGACCCUCGAGGAUGUUGGAACCAUCAGUUUCCAGGUGGGCUCAUGUAGCUCAGAGGCCCAGCUGAAGGUCACAGCCAAGAAUACAGUGGUGCGUGGCCUGGAGAACGUGGAGGUGCCCGAGGGGGGCGAAGCGCUGUUCGAGUGCCACCUGUCCCUGCCAGAGGUGGCUGCGCACACCUGGCUGCUGGAUGACCAGCCCGUGUUCAGCUCAGAGAACGCCGAGGUGGUCUACUUCGAGAAUGGUCUGCGGCACCUGCUGCUGCUCAAAAACCUGCGGCCUCAGGACAGCUGCCGGGUGACCUUCCUGGCUGGGGAUGUGGUGACCUCAGCGUUCCUCACCGUCAGAGGCUGGCGCCUGGAGGUCCUGGAGCCCCCGCGGGACGCGACCGUGGGGGCAGGAAGGCAGGCCCACUUCAGCUGCACGCUCAGCGAGGCGGUGCCCGUGGGCGAGGCAACCUGGUACAUCAACGGGGCUGCCGUGCAGCCUGACGACGAGGACUGGAUGGUGACCGCAGACGGCAGCCACCACACGCUGCUGCUGCGCCGCGCCCGGCCGCACCACGCCGGCGAAGUCACCUUUGCCGCCCGCGAUGCCGUGGCCUCCGCGCGGCUCACCGUGCUGGGCCUCCCGGAUCCCCCGGAGGACGCCGAGGUGGUGGGGCGCAGUGACCGCUCCGUGACGCUGUCUUGGGUGGCCCCCGCCAGCGAUGGCGGUGGCGGUCUCCGUGGCUACCGGGUGGAGAUGAAGCCAUCGGCCACUGGGGAGUGGCAGCUGUGCCACGAGCUGGUGUCCGAGCCCGAGUGCGUUGUGGACGGCCUGGCCCCUGGGGAGACCUACCGCUUCCGCGUGGCGGCUGUGGGGCCUGCAGGCGCCGGGGAGCCCGUGCACCUGCCCCAGACAGUGAGGCUCGCAGAGCCCCUGGAACCUGCGCCCGCACCCCUCGCUCUGGAGAGCCGGCAGGUGGCGGCCGGCCAGGAUCUGCGUCUGGAAUGUGAGGUGCUGGAGGCUGGAGAGGUAGUCUGGCUGAAGGGAACGGAGCGCAUCCAGCCUGGCGGGCGCUUCCAGGUUCUUUGCCAGAGUGGGCGGCAGACGCUGGUGAUUCGGGGCUUCUCAGCAGAGGACCAGGGCGAGUACCGCUGCGGCCCUGCCAGGGAUCCCAUCUCUGCCGCUGCCAGGGCCUUCCAGGUGGUGCUGACACCAGGAUCCAGAGAUGAGGUCCCUGCACAGCCCAGCCUGCCUCCUGAGGCGGCCCAGGAGGGUGACCUGCACCUGCUGUGGGAGGCCCUGGCUCGAAAGCGCCGCAUGAGCCGCGAGCCCACACUGGACUCCAUCAGCGAGCUGCCUGAGGAGGACGGGCGCCUGCAGCGCCUGCGGCAGGAGGCAGAGGACCUGGCCCCUGACCUAUCUGAGGACUACUCCACAGCCGAUGAACUGGCACGCACUGGUGAGGCCGACCUCUCACACACCAGCUCUGACGACGAGUCCCGAGCGGGCACUCCUUCCCUGGUCACCUACCUCAAGAAGGCUGGGAAGCCUGGCACCUCUCCACUGGCCAGUAAGGUUGGGGCUCCAGCAGUCCCUUCUGGAAAGCUGCAGAAGCAGCAGAAACAGCCGACCACAGUGUGCCCGCCGCCAGGAGACCUGAGUAUUGAGGACCUCAGUGACCCAUCUCUGGACAAGGCAGCCAUGAAGAUCCAGGCUGCCUUCAAGGGUUACAAGGUGCGGAAGGAGAUGAGGCAGCAGGAGGGGCCCGUGUUCCGGAGCACAUUUGGAGACACUGAGGCACAGGUGGGAGACAUCUUACGUCUGGAGUGUGUGGUGUCCAGCAAGGCAGACGUGCAAGCUCGUUGGCUGAAGGACGGUGUGGAGCUGACGGAUGGCAGGCACCACCACAUUGACCAGCUCAGGGACGGCACCUGUUCUCUGCUGGUCACUGGCGUGGGCCACGCUGACGCGGGCUGCUACACCUGCCAGGUGAGCAGCAAGUUUGGCUGCACGGUCCACAGUGCCCACGUGGCUGUCAGCGGGACGGAGAGUGAGGCUGAGAGCUCCUCUGGUGGAGAAGUGGAUGACGCCUUCCGCCGGGCAGCCCGGCGGCUGCACCGCCUCUUCCGCACCAAGGGCUCAACCGAGGUUUCGGAGGAGGAGAUCUUCUUGAGUGCCGACGAGGGCUCAGGGGAGCCUGAGGAGCCUGGGGACUGGCAGACGUACCGCGAGGAUGAGCACUUGGUUUGCAUCCGCUUUGAGGCACUGGCUGAGGCCCGUCGGGCGGCCACCCACUUCCAGGAGAUGUUCAACAUGCUAGGCAUUGGGGUGGACAUCAGCCUGUUGGAGCAGGGACCCCGGGGGGUGGAGAUACGCAUCGCCAAGGUGGCCCUUGCCCCCACAGUGCCUUUGGAGCCAGUGCCCAGCUCGCGGACCACAGAGGCUGCCCCAGUGUUCCUGACUGAGUUGCAGAAUCAGGAGGUGCUGGACGGGUACCCUGUGAGCUUCGACUGUGUGGUGACAGGCCAGCCCGUGCCCAGCGUGCGCUGGUUCAAGGAUGGGAGGAUCCUGGAGGAGGAUGACCACUACAUGAUCAGUGAUGACCAACAGGGCGGCCACCAGCUCAUCAUCACGGCUGUGGUGCCUGCAGACAUGGGUGUCUACCGCUGCCUGGCUGAGAACAGCAUGGGUGUGUCCUCCACCAAGGCUGAGCUCCGCGUGGACUUGACCAGCACUGACUAUGACACUGCCGCGGAUGCCACCGAGACCUCGUCCUACUUCAGCGCCCAAGGCUACCAGUCCAGUCGCGAGCAGGAGGGUGCAGAGUCUACAUCAGAAGAGGGACAAUUGCCCCAGGUGGUGGAGGAGCUGAAAGACCUCCAGGUGGCCCCCGGCACACGCCUGGCCAAGUUCCAGCUCAAGGUGAAAGGCUACCCGGUGCCCCGCCUGUACUGGUUCAAAGAUGGGCAGCCCCUGACUGCGUCUGCGCACAUUCGCAUGGUGAACAAGAAGGCACUGCACAGCCUGGAGAUCCUCUCGGUCACCAGUGAGGAUGCCGGCCAGUACUCCGCCUACAUCAGCAACACCGUGGGUGCCGCCUACUCCUCUGCCCAGCUGCUGGUCCAAGGCCCUAAUGACCCAGAAAAGAAGCCGGCAGCAGAUGUGCAGCAACAGCUGGUGCCACCCCGCUUCCUGGAGAAGUUCACCUCUAAGAAGGUGAAGAAGGGCUCCAGCAUUACUUUCUCCGUGAAGGUCAAAGGUCUCCCCGCCCCCACUGUGCACUGGCUGCGGGAGGAGGCCGAGCAGGUGCUGUGGAUUGGCCAGGACACCCCGGGCUACACGGUGGCCAGCUCAGCCCAGCAGCACAGCCUGGUCCUGCUGGACGUGGGCCCACAGCACCAGGGCACCUACACCUGCAUCGCGUCCAACGCUGCUGGCCAGGCCCUCUGCUCCGCCAGCCUGCAUGUCUCUGGCUUGCCCAAGGAGGCGGGACCAGUGGGAGAGACGGCUGGGGUGAAGGAGGCCCUCAUCUCCACCUUUCUUCAGGGGACCAAAGCCAUCUCGGAACAGAUGCCUGUGGAUUUCAGCAAUCUUGCUGGGCAGAAAGGGGAGCCGCUGGCAGCCGAGGCCCAUGGCCACCUGACCCUGGCUGAGGUGGGCACGGAGGAGUUCCUGCAGAAGCUGACCUCACAAAUCACGGAGAUGGUGUCGGCCAAGAUCACCCAGGCCAAGCUGCAGGUGCCUGGAGGUGACAGUGACGAGGAGUCCAAGACACCGUCCGCAUCGCCCCGUCAUGGCCGCUCUCGCCCCUCCUCCAGCGUCCAGGAGUCAUCCUCGGAGUCGGAAGAUGGAGACUCCCGGGGGGAGAUCUUUGACAUCUACGUGGUCACCGCUGACUACCUGCCCCUCGGGGCUGAGCAGGACGCCAUCUCGCUGCGGGAGGGCCAGUAUGUAGAGGUGCUGGACUCGGCCCACCCUCUGCGCUGGCUUGUGCGCACCAAGCCCACCAAGUCCAGCCCCUCGAGACAGGGCUGGGUGUCCCCUGCCUAUCUGGACAGGCGGCUCAAGCUGUCGCCCGAGUGGGGGCCCACGGAGGCCCCCGAGUUCCCUAGGGAGGCCGUGUCUGAGGAUGAGUACAAGAUGCGGUUGAGCUCCAUCGUCCAGGAGCUGCUGACCUCUGAGCAGGCCUUCGUGGGCAAGCUGCAGUUCCUGCAGAGCCACCACAUGCAGCACCUGGACCGCUGCCCCCACGUGCCGGCCGCGGUGGCCAGCCAGAAGGCCGUCAUCUUCCGCAACGUGCAGGACCUCGGCCAGUUCCACAACAGCUUCCUGCAGGAGCUGCAGAGCUGUGAGACGGAUGACGACGUGGCCAUGUGCUUCCUCAAGAACCAGGCGGCCUUCGAGAAGUAUCUGGAGUUCCUGGUGGGCCGAGUGCAGGCCGAGUCGGUGGUGGUCAGCACGGCUGUGCAGGAGUUCUACAAGAAAUACUCGGAAGAGGUGCUGUCGGCCACUGACCCCUCGCAGCCGCCCCCACCGCCGCUGCAGCACUUCCUGGAGCAGCCGGUGCAGCGGGUGCAGCAGUACCAGGCUCUGCUCAAGGAGCUGAUCCGCAACAAGGCGCGGAACCGGCAGAACUGCGCGCUGCUGGAGCAGGCCUACGCCGUGGUGUCGGCCCUGCCGCAGCGGGCCGAGAACCAGCUGCACGUGUCGCUCAUGGAGAACUACCCGGGCACCCUGGAGGCCCUGGGCGAGCCCAUUCGCCAGGGCCACUUCAUUGUGUGGGAGGGGGCACCGGGCGCGCGGAUGCCCUGGAAGGGCCACCACCGCCACGUCUUCCUGUUCCGCAACCACCUGGUGGUCUGCAAGCCCAAGAGGGACUCACACACCGACACCUUCAGCUACGUGUUCCGGAACAUGAUGAAGCUAAGCAGCAUCGACCUGAACGAGCAGGUAGAGGGGGACGACCGUGCCUUCGAGGUGUGGCACGAGCGGGAGGACUCGGUGCGCAAGUACCUCCUGCAGGCUCGGACUGUCAUCACCAAGAACGCGUGGGUGAAGGAGAUCUGCGGCAUCCAGCAGCGCUUGGCCCUCCCCGUCUGGCGGCCCCCGGAUUUCGAGGAAGAGCUGGCCGACUGUACAGCCGAGCUGGGUGAAACAGUCAAGCUGGCCUGCCGUGUGACGGGCACACCCAAGCCCAUCGUCAGCUGGUACAAAGAUGGGAAGCCAGUGGAGGUGGACCCUCACCACAUCCUCAUUGAAGACCCUGAUGGCUCGUGCACCCUCAUCCUGGACAAUCUGACCAGUGCUGACUCCGGCCAGUACAUGUGUUUUGCGGCCAGCGCUGCCGGCAAUGCCAGCACCCUGGGCAAGAUCCUGGUGCAGGUCCCCCCGAGGUUUGUGAACAAGGUCCGGGCAGUGCCUUUUGUGGAAGGAGAGGACACCCAGGUCACCUGCACCAUCGAAGGUGCCCCACACCCUCAGAUCAGGUGGUACAAGGACGGGGCCCUCCUGACCCCUGGCGGCAAGUACCGGACCCUGAGUGAGCCACGCAGUGGCCUGCUGGUGCUGGAGAUCCGGGAGGCCAGCAAGGAGGACCUGGGACACUAUGAAUGUGAGCUGGUGAACCGGCUGGGCUCCGUACGCGACGGCGUGGAGCUGUGCAUGCAGGGCCCUACCCUGCAGGCCAGGGAGCGCCGCCGGGAGCACGUGGCUGUGGUGGAAGUCACUGAGCAGGAGACUAAAGUCCCCAAGAAAACCGUCAUCAUAGAGGAGACCAUCACCACCGUGGUGAAGAGCCCGCGUGGCCGCCUCAAGUCCCCCAGCAAGUCUCCCUCCCUCUCGCCUUCCCGGCGCCGUGCCAGUUCGCCCAGGUCAGGCCUGUCGGCCCCUGAGCUGCUGCAUUCACCAGGGGCUGGCCAACUGCGAAGGCCUGGGGAGGAGCCAGGCUGGAAGCCCCCUGUACCCACGCUGUACGUGACAGAGCCCGGCGCCCACACGCCAGCCCUGCCCAGGGGCACGGGGCCCAGGCCCAAGUGGGUGGAGGUCGAGGAGACCAUCGAAGUCCAGGUGAAGAAAACAGGCUCCAGGGGCGCCUCUCCAGCCAGAGAGGUGCCGGGCAGCUCAGCGGGGCUCCUCUUCACGCUUCCCGGUGGGACCCCCGGAGGAGACCCCAACACAAACAACUCCAACAACAAGCUGCUGGCCCAGGAGCCCCUGACCCGGGGCCGAGUCUUCUGUGCGGACGCCGAAGAGGAGGCCCCCCUGGAGGUGCAGGAGGGGAGCGGUGUCCACCUGAUGGAGGAGCCCCUGGGCGCCGAGGACUUUGGGGGCUGUGACCCCAAGAUCCUCACACGCGAUGGCUGUGUGCUGACGCUGGCUGACCUGGAGGAUUACAUGCCCCAGGAAGGGGAGACCUUCGGCUGCAGCAGCCCCAGGCCCAGUGUCUCCGACGACCCGCCCUGCGAGGUCUCGGUGCUCCAGAGAGAGAUCGGCGAGCCCACUGUGGGACAGCCCGUCCUGCUCGACGUGUGGCGCCCGCCAGGCCCCCGAGGCCCGCCUGGCUUCUUCAGCUGCUUGCCCCAGGGGACCGCUCUGUCGAGGCCCCAGGUCUUCCGCCCUGUUGGCGUCUCCCGGGCUAGGGGUGCCACAUCCUUCUGCACCCAAGUCCAUCGCUCUGCGGACAGUGGCCAGAGCAGCUUCAAAACGGAGGUUUCCACCCACACGGUCAGCUUUGGGACAGUGGGUGAGACUGUCACCCUGCACAUUCGGCCUGACGGGGAUGAGGGCCCCAGUCCCUCCCAGGGCUGAGGCUGCGACCCUCGACCCUCAAGGGCACACGCGGCUGGGGGGUGAGACAUUGACCCUCUCAGAGCCAGUUUACUGCUGACAGGGCUGCGUGAGAGCAGCAGAAAGAGGGGCAUGGCCUUGGGGCCGAGGACCCUGCCUGGCCCCAGCACCGACCUGCUUCACGGCUGCUGGGUUUUGAGCUCAGGAGAGGGGCCUGAAGCCAGCACCUCAGGACAUGUGCUCUGACCACCCCCCUGCUCUCCAGCAACUCGGGACUUCAGCUGCCUGUCCCCCCGGGGUCUUCAGCUGAGGACACUGUCCGCACAGCUGUA